UCAUUCACCAUUUUGUGACUGUAGUGGAAAAAGACGAGCGAUACUUUUGCGUAUCCUUGUUGGAGUUUGUGUGUUGUGCUGCUGCUGGUGGGGGAGACAGACUAUGUUCCCUAGAGGAAAAGUGAAAGUGCCAAGCCGACAGCCGAGGGAUGUUAGCGGGUGUGGGGGAGCUGCCUCAUCCGCAAAAUAAGACCAUAAAUCUUUUUUUCUUCUCUCCUGGUGAAGCUCUACUCGGCUCUGCAAUAGAGAGAAAAAGCAAAGUGCCUUAAAGGAAAGAAAGAAGACGAGCGCUAUAUAAUCUGCAGGACAGAAGAAAUGAGACCGCAAAAAAAACAACGGGGACGAUCCCCUUCAUCGUCCAGAGGCCGAGGUGGACGAAGGAAGGCGGACGUCCAGCCUUCCCAAGGGAAAGACUGUAAAAGAAUCAAGAGGGAGUCAACUGGAAAAAACCCACAGAGCACAGCCAGCACUUUGUCCAAGCCGUGUCCACCUUUAGCCACCAACCUACUGGAGGAGCCCGCCACAGACAGCGACGCCCCCAGGAGGGGUGAGUCCACUAAGCCGAAGAAACUCAUGGAGUCAGUUGAGAAGGAUGCGACCAAUACGGCAAAAGAAGCGAUGGCAUGCAGAAGCUCAUCCGUCGACUCCGUAGCAUCUCCUACCUCUCCCAUCACGCCUCCAGUGACCACCAACCACAAUCCCGGCCCAGCCUCCGUCUCCAGCAGAAAGACAGCCACGUUCAAGGCUCGGGUUCCCAAGAAGAAAUACACGUAUGAGCACUUUGUGAACAACGCCACUCCUCCCACUACCCUUCCUACCUCCAGCCCUGCAACCACAGGCAACACUUCCUGCAAUAGCAACAACAAAAUCGGUGACAGUGUAACUAUGCCCAUGAAUAAUGUCAAUAACUUCAACAAUAUUAGUCAUUUAAUUAACAAAAUAGUUAAUGCUAGCAUGAACAGUAGUACUAACACUAGCAGUGUAAAUAGCAGAAGUAAUGCUUGCUCAGGUAAUCAGCCAUCAGUUCAACACGUGAACAGUAAAGCAACAGAAAAAAAUCAAGUCUCCAUAGAAGAUGGGCCACUCAGGACAGUAACCCCCCUAGAAAGAGAGUCCAAAGUAGGCGAGAAUGAAUCCGAACAGGCCCCUAACUCAGGGCGCUCAUCCUCCACCGACACAGCCAGUGAGCACUCAUCUGAUAUGGACGUGAUAGACACAAACGGACCAAGCAAUCAAAAGAGCACCCACGGCCCAACGCCCCUUCUUAAUUCACUGCCCAAAGGGGUCAGCAGUGCAGGGGGUCAUGCAGAAGCUCUUGCUAAAGGUUUGAAAAACCAGAGAGUCUUGGCUCGUCAGAUAAGGAGCUCCAAGGAUGCCCCUGUCGUGCCUACAGGGGGAGGGGGUUUCAAGGAGAGAGACUUGUGCCCGUUGUCCCCAGUGUUCAGACCUGGAGUGGUGAGGGGCGUCAACGGAGGUGCUGUCGAAGUAGAGCUGCAAGCAAAGGGGACUCUUGUUAAAUAUCCUUUUGAUGGUGGAACCAUGAUGACAUCAUCAGGAGGUGUUGUUGAGUUAGUCUUGGAUGCCCCUCCACCCGGUAUGUCGCCUGUUGCUGUCGGUACCAAAGUGUGUGUGCCCUUUGGUGGAGAGGAGGGGGGUCCUUUACUGUACAGGGAAGGAGUUGUGUCUCAGGUGGACCCCCACCCUGGUGUCUCUUUCCCUUACCAGGUAAUCCUGAGUGAAGACACAGAGCCCCUGGGUGGUGGAGCGGGCCGUCAGGGUGGAGACAAUAGGAAAGCUUUGACCGUGUGGGUUUCCCGACAAAGCCUGAGACUGCUCACCCCCCCCUGGGAUGUCCCACACUUGGACGGAGGAGGGGCGCGGGAGAGAGAGCGGGACAGGGAAAGGGAAGAGAGAGAGUGGAGGGAGGAGAUGGAGGUGGAGAGAGAGGUUUGUCAGUUGAGCAGUGGAAUGGGCGUACUGGGAGGGGGAGCAAGGCUGAGCCAUGGUUUGUCUCAUCAAGGGGUUACUGCUGGGAAUCCCUAUGGAAACGGGCAUCCACCUCUCCAUUCCUCCACUGUUACUGCUAGUGGGGGGGGCACCACAGUCCACGGGUGCAGAGAGGACUUCUUAGACAGAAAGAGGCAGAAACAAGCCAACAUCCCAGAAGAAGAUGUUGAGGUAUCUCGUUUUAAUAUGGCAAUAUCCACAGCACCCAAGUCGAACUCUGCCCCCUCACAGCACAUAAACAUAAUAUCCAAGUCCAGUAGCUACCACUCAUCCUCCCCCCACCUCUCUGUGGUGAGGGGUUUGGGCCCCCCUCAUUUCCCCACCCUCACAAGCCCCCAGCCUCCUCCUUCACCUGCCUUACUCGGUUCUGACAUGAACAAUACUCCAAAUCUACCUCCGACCAAGAUCACUCCCAAUCACAACCCGACUCCGUUAUCUUUGGGGGGGAAUUCCUCUACCUCUUCUCGCUCCAGGACACCCCUCUCUUUGGCUCAGCAGAAGUACAAGAAGGGUGAUGUCGUGUGCACACAGAAUGGCAUCCGUAAAAAGUUUAAUGGCAAGCAGUGGAGGAGGCUGUGUUCCAGGGAGGGCUGCAUGAAGGAGUCUCAGCGACGUGGCUACUGCUCCAGACACCUGUCGAUGAGGACCAAGGAGAUGGAGGCUGCUGCAGGGGGAAAGGGGGGAGGAGGCAGCAGCUCAGGGACAGUGACUCCCUCUGACCUGCGGGGUCGAGCGAGCAGUGAGUUUGAAUGGGACGACACAUCAAGGGAGAGCAGCGAGACGAGUAGCAGGGGAGACUCCAGACCUCGCUUGCUCCUGCCCUCCGUCCUCCCACAUGACUUGUCAGCGCGCUUUGACUUCGACGAGUGCGAGGCAGCUACCAUGCUUGUGUCGCUAGGAAGCUCGCGCUCUGGAACCCCAUCCUUUUCUCCUAUCUCAAACCAGUCCCCCUUCUCCCCAGCCCCCUCUCCCUCACCCUCCCCACUGUUUGGCUUUCGGCCGGCGAACUUUUCCCCGAUUACCGCCUCCCCAGUUCUUCAGCACCGGAAGCACAGACAGCUCAGUGGUACGGGGGGAGGAGGGGGAGGGAGCAGCAAGGCAACUACUCCAGCCGGUGGUGGAGAACGGGAGAGACACACUUCAGGUGUCCAGCCCUCGUUCCACAGCAACCUGACAUUUACAGUUCCGAUGAGCCCCAGUAAACGAAAGCCAGACGUGCACCCCCCGCCACCUCUCCCCCUCCACCACCACAAUUACACACCCAAGACAGAGCUAGAGCAGGGCGACCUCAACAACUCUUUCAGGGUGCUGUCCCCGCAGACACCAACAUCACAUUCCCACACACCCACCUUCUCACGGCCAAGAGGGGCAACCACCCCCUCCUCGAGCAGGCCCCCGUCCUCCACCACUGCUUCCCCUCCUCCUCUGCUCGUGUCACCAACACCCCCUUCUCCUCUCACUCCUGAUGGAGGGCCCCGUCGCGUAGUCCCUGCAUCCCAGCAGGCCUUGCGAGACUCCCCCGUCAUUGUGAGGAAUCCUGACGUUCCAUUGGCAAAAUUUAUAGAGUGUCCCUUGGGAAAAGGAGGUGAAAAAGAGGGAGGGGUUGAAACUACCUUAUCUAAAGCCAAUGGCAUCACCACCUUCACACCCCAGCCAAUUCCUGGCCUCCAGGUUCCCGUCCCCAUCAACGCUGCUGCCCCAGUCCCCAACGGCACAGUCCUUUUGCGCAGUCCUGCUCAAACUUUGCUGCUCGUGUCCCCGACGCCGUCCUCUUUACCCACCUCGGACACCCCUGCUGCACCCUUGCAGGCCCUCUCGGUCACCGUGGGCACAACGAUCACUGCUACUGCUCCAUGCAGUGUGGACAGCACUGGGGAACGAGUGGAGAACAGAGGCUUUGAGGGGGAGGUGCAGCAGCCAGUGCCCUGCCACCCAUCGCCCACGGCGCUGCUGCCCCUGAUCCUGCCCAUGGAGAGCCUUCACCCUGCACCACGAAAGGACAUCAUCAUGGGACGUCCCGGCACAGUGUGGACCAAUGUAGAACCUCGGUCCGUUCCAGUUUUCCCCUGGCAUUCUUUAGUUCCCUUCCUGGCUCCCACCCAAUCAGAUGCAGCUUCUCAGCCGGGGGAGGGCCAGCAUCCUGUCAAUCACCCCCAUGCGGCCAGUCUAAAGACAGAUUGUCAGGGAGGAGCCGCACCACCUCCCGAGCCAGCCGAGGCACCUCCCACUGUGGAGAGAGGUCCCCUGACCCGACAUGCCCCCGCUCCCGAGGAGCCAGAAAAAGAGAAAGGGGACGGGGAGAGAGAAAGGCCCGACAGCGAAACAGAGAGUGACGUAGAUGACCCCUUCCUUCCAGGAGUUGUACCAGAGCAGCCCCUCUUGACAUCCCCUGUAAAGAGACGCACGCAGUCUCUUAGUGCCCUGCCCAAAGAUGGGGACAAGAAUAGCCCUGGAAAGAGAGAGAAGGACCACAUCCGGCGACCGAUGAAUGCCUUCAUGAUUUUCAGCAAGCGCCAUCGAGCUCUGGUGCACCAGCGCCACCCCAACCAGGACAACCGGACCGUCAGCAAGAUCCUGGGGGAGUGGUGGUAUGCUCUUGGACCUAAAGAGAAACAAAAGUACCAUGACUUGGCCUUCCAGGUGAAAGAGGCCCACUUUAAGGCCCACCCUGACUGGAAGUGGUGCAACAAAGACAGGAAGAAGUCCAGCUCUGAAGGUCGUGGCGUCCCAGGAGGCAAAGAUAUCAGGGAGAGGAGCAUGUCUGAGUCCACAGAGCCGCAUUCUGCGGAGAUGAAGGGGGUGGCGCCGGGUCUGGUGGGGGUGUCUGAGAGGAGUGCAGCAGAGGGUCACAUGAGCCAGUUGACCCGGCCCAGAGCGUUCUCUCAAAGUGCUAUGCACAACCUGGAGCGCGGUGACAGGGGCAACACACAAGCCCUGGCGGAGCUGGCACAGAUGUGUGGAGAUGGAGGCAGUCAAUUUUCAAGCCAUGCCCCACCCCUGUCCCAGUCUCAGCGAGGGGUCAGCGAGGACAUGACCAGUGAUGAGGAGCGCAUGGUCAUCUGUGAGGAGGAGGGAGAUGAUGAUGUCAUUGAGGACCCUUAUCCCAGCAGCUCCAUUGACCUCAAGUGUAAGGAGCGGGUGACUGACAGCGACAGCGAGAGGGGUUCUGGCGACGAAAGCGUUCAGAAGCGAGUCUUUGCUCCAGUCAUCUGCUCCACCGCAUCCUCAUCUUCCUCACAUGCGACCCCUCAUGGCAGGAGUGUAUCACUUUCCUCCUAUUCCAGCAGCAAGCGUUACGACGAGGGGAGACCAGGAGUCUUUUCUGACCCAAGGAGGAGGGAAGAGGGAGACAUAAAGGACACUUUAAGGGGUGAGGCGGGAGGAGUGCAAGCCUCGCCUCUCUCCCUUUCUUCUGGACAGUCCGUAAUUUCCCCUUCUCCAGCAGGGGGAGGACCUCCCCAUUCCUCGUCCGUGGUUGCAAACUUGCACCUGGGCAUCGGUGCUGUGAGGGUGGCCUCCACAGUGCUGACCAACGUAAUGCGCCCCGUCAUCAGCACACCUCUCCCAAUCGUCAACAAACCCAGAGAGAGGGGGACCUCAUCUAGCCCGCACCCACCCGAGAGGAAGCCCAUUGCCCUCCAGCAGCAACCGCAGCUUCUGAUUGGAUCAGGAAGCAGUGCCACACCAAGUGGGUACUACUCUUCAUCAUCACCCAACCCUGUAGGGGCUGGGGUGGUGACUAAUUUUGUGUUAGGGGGUGCCCUGUCUGGCCAACCUGCAGUGCAGCUCAUCACUCCACCACCCCAGCCUCAGCCCCCCCAGCAGCAGCAAGUGUCCCUGUCCUCCACUGCUGCUUCAGCACCGCACAGCCACUCCAAUGGACCACUGCCUCUGCCCCUGCUGCAGCCCCAGUUCCUUCCCACUUCAUCCCUGGCACCUCCUGGUGGUAAGGCCAUCACACAAGUCCAGUACAUACUGCCCACACUCCCUGCCAAUCCAAAGAGUCCGCCACAGCAGCAGCAGCAGCAGCAGCUCUGCCAGCCAACCAGUAUCUUCAACCUGCCUGCAGCCCCACCCACUCACGCACCAUUGGCCAAUGGGAAGCAGCAGACGUGUUAUUCGUCCAGCCCAGCAGUGGGCGUGGUCAGCCCAGGAACAAGAGUGCAAACCCAGUCCCCAGUGCUCCAGGGUAAAAUGGUUGUUCCCAUGGCAACAGUUCGAACCGCACCGGCUCCCGCCCAGCAGUUUCCCAUCGUGGCCCCUCCGCUUCCUGUCCAGAAUGGCGCUCAGGCAGGAAGCAAGAUCAUCCAGAUAGCCCCCAUGCCAGUGGUCCAGUCUCAGCUGUCUCAGGGCUCAGUCCACCCCGCCAGCCCCUUGCCCGUGACGGUGGCCACCGCUGCGGUGAUGGCUCCGGGGCCAGCCCCCUCGCAGACUGUUCUACUACCCCCUGCACCCACCAGGAUCACCUAUGUCCAGUCCACUCCGGGGGUCCCCUCGUCGCUGCCGCUGGUGUCCACAACAACAGCCUCCAGCCAGCCCCCCGCCCAGCAAGCCCUGCCAGUGCCUGCGUCCGCAUAUGUGCCACCUCCCCUGGCCACCCUAGGCUUCACAACAAUCCCACCACCCGGCCAGACUCUGGUUCAACCACUGAUUGCAGGUCAACCUCCACUCCUGGCCACUGCACCCUCUUCACAGCCCCACAGUUCAGCCCCCGUCUCUGGUUCAGGCAGCCAGAUCGUCACCGCCAUCUACCCUCCUUCACAGAGUGUCACCAUGGCAACGGGGGUAGUCUCCAUGGCAGCCGUGCCCCCGAGCGCGGCCGUCUACUCCGCCAUCUCCAGCCCCUCGAGCACUUCCAGCCAAAAGCACGCAGCAUCCCCCGCCGCCCUCGCUCAUCUCCAUCCGGAGCGACACCUGCCUGCAGACAGACCUGCAGAUCGAGUGAGCGACAGGCAGGCUGAGAGGCAGAUGGAUGCAGCGCUUGUGCAGUCGGAGCGCCAGGUGCAGAGCUCUGGCAAUAGUGGCUCAGCGGUGCCCCCCAGUGGGUCUGCUGUUUGUCCAAGGCCAUACAGUCCUCCUCUUCAAAUUCAAACAUCAGGCAGUACGCCUGGCACACCCAAGCUCAGCCAACUUCCUGUCAGGCCCCCCCAGAAAGUGAAGGCAACACUGGCCAGCAUCCCAGUGGGCAGCUACGAGGGAGGGGGUCGAGGAAAAGAACGAGAAAGGGAAAGGGAGCGAGAGCGGGAAAGGGAAAGGGAAAGAGAAAGAGAGGCGGCAUCGAACAGCCACUUCUCUUUCGACACCGAACCAGCAGGACAGAUGGAGUCUCCUGCUGCACAUUCAGCAGAAGAGCUGCCAUCCUCUGAGAGGCCACCAGAGGGCUCCAGUACAGCAGAGACCUCCAGAGAGGCUGGAUGGAAGGAAUCCCUCCCUUCCUCUCCUCUACCACCUCCAUCUGCCACAGAGCCCACCCUGCCGCCCCCCCACACUGACAAAGACGGGCCUGCACCAAAGAAGGUCAAAGCCCGUCCCCCACCACUGAAGAAGACCUUUGACUCUGUGGACAAGUCGGGAAGGGUGCUGUCAGAGGUCUACUUUGAGGAACGCUUCGCAGAGCUGCCUGAGUUUCGACCGGAAGAGGUGCUGCCUUCGCCCACGCUUCAGAGCCUUGCCACGUCGCCGCGUGCCAUCUUGGGAAGCUAUCGACGCAAGAGGAAGAACUCCACAGAUUUGGACUCUGCCACUGACGACCAAGCGUCCCCUAAGAGGAAGAGUCGACGGCGUUCCAGCUGCAGCUCGGAGCCCAAUACGCCCAAAAGCGCCGCUAAGUGCGAGGGUGACAUUUUCACCUUUGAACGAGCGGCGGGUACAGACGGUGAGGACAUCCUGGCCGAGCUGGAGUUUGACAAAGUGCCGUAUUCGUCCCUGCGUCGAACGCUAGACCAGAGGAGGGCGCUGGUCAUGCAACUGUUCCAGGAGCAGCAGGGCUUCUUUCCAUCAGCUCAAGCCACCGCAGCCUUCCAGACGAGAUACUCCGACAUAUUCCCCACAAAGGUGUGCCUGCAGCUCAAGAUCAGGGAGGUUCGGCAGAAGAUCAUGCAGACGGCCACCCCCUCCGACGCCUCAGGGCUACCCGUGCCCCCCGACGCCCUGCCCGGACCCUCUGGCGCCCAAUCAGGGGAUGGAGGGAGAGGGAGCGGGGACUUGCAAGAUGACGUGGAAGAGGAAGGGGGUGAGGGGAGCCCGGAGGAUCCCGGCGAUUCGCAGGACUCUUCGAGAUGAGGAUGGCGGAUGUGUUUCAGUUAUUUUCCUUUCCCCAGAAGACAUGAGAGAUGCUCUUUUUGUGAUGAUGUGAGACCCUCAUACCAAAAAAAAAAAAAAGGUGUGGAAACUGUGGCAAACACCUUUUGUAUUGAUCACCUUGGAGAGACAUUUUAUCAGUGUGGAAAAGCCAGCGGCUUUCAAAAGACAUUUGUUUGGAAUGAGAAAGACAGGAAAGCUUCUCUGAAGUUUUUGCAUACACUCGGGGGCUGGGCCCUCACACUUUACAUCCAUGGACCUGCAACCAUCUGCGUUGUGGUUCGUUUAUGUUCAUUCUAAAGACCUUUUACAGAGAGGUCUGAGCGCCUGCAAAGUUGACUUUUCUGGCUGUGCCAUCAUUCCCGCUAUUCCCCUGCGCAUACCAGUCAGAAAGGAAGCAAACAUUCCUGUGCCUCUUGUCAGUUAAGCAUGAAGGAGGUUAGUGUGUCAUCGGCCAUUAUCCUUUUUUGGGGUGGGGGUGCGGGGGAUUGACGUUUUUUAUUUUUAUUCAGUAUUUUGACUUCUAGUGGGUUUGUUCCUGUGAUUAUUAUUUUUGAAAUUUUAUUAAUGAAUCCUCCUGUCAUUGCAUCCGCUGUCUCGUCUUGCCUUGUCAUUUUUAGGACUCUGCCUCACGCAUGCACACCCCCUCCAUGCUCCAGUCUUCCCUCAACCUUUUUAACAAACCAGGCAUUGUUUUUCAUUUCAUAAGUAUUUUUAGACAAGUACCUCUUUCUUCCCUUUUGUCACUUUAUUGCUCGUCUUAGAGCUCCUACACGCAACCGCAAUCAAAAUCACUGAUCACGUCUUGGAUAAAUACUGUUAUCUUUAUGGACACAUUGAACUGUUAAAUGGUGCCCAUUCCUUAAAAGGUAAAACAAAAAAAAAAACACACACACUUAUAUGGCUUUUAAAUGUUUUUGUGUUUUACUUCUUGUUUUUGCUGUUCCAGUAUCCAAGAGACAAAAACAUUUUUUUUGUAUCUGUAACUUUCAGUAUGCCAAUAAAAAAGCAAUUAGGUGGACAAGGUGGUGAACGAUGGUGGUGAUGCAAACCAAAAACAUUUGAGUUAGUUAACACAUUUUGGUGGCAGCUGUCACAUCCGGUUCACAGAAAUAUAAAAUAAAAAUAAUCAUUAAAAAAGGUAUUGAGGUACAACUCAUUUAUACAGAAGCUCAACCAUUUUAAAAGCACUUAUUUUUACAUUUAAAAUACAUUGUCCUCGAUAUGUGACGUACAACAAAAAACAUAAUCUGCUACUAAUCAGUCAUUUGUACGCAUUUAUUAUGUUUGUUUUUUUGGGGUUGACAGCUAUUUGUCCUCAGAGCAGCUGCAUUCCUUCCACGGCGAGACCGUUCUCCAACGCAGUGUGAAAGAUCUCCAGGGCCUGCUCAAGAGGCAGUGCCCCACCCUCACUGCUCUCAAUGAUGGCGAUGGUCUCCCCAAACUCGUUGCACAUGAUAGUCGGGGUGCCCUGUGACAGUGAUGGACACGUUUAAUUCACACCGACGUGGUAUGCUUUGGAUCAUUUCCUUUUAACAAAUACACUGACCUUUUGACCAUCAGAUGAAUGAAUUUGGAUGAGGUGAGGCUGCCCCUUGGCUAGUUCCACUGCAGAACCCUCCACCACAGUCACAGUCGAGC